AUAUCUUACAAGGUGCUGAUGUUAUUUCAACUAAUCAUUUCACGUCACUAUUUACUAUUUUGUUGUGUUUCGAUUUCAAUGAUAAAUAUGUACGACCUUGAACUAAGAUAUUUCAGCGAGCUGUUAUUAAUUUUGGUACAAAUUAAAGAUGUAACAAUCGUGCAAAAGACUUGGAACCGGAUGCGAUGACCCCUCUUUCCUGAUUAAAAAUCUUUCAUAUUUGUGUUUUGCUUUGUUUUUAAAGGUGCCAAUCGCUUGUUGCAUUUCUUGGUUAAUUAAAAUAAUUGCGCUAAUCUACCUUUUUCUAAACUAAUUAUCGCAAUACACAAUUUAAAAUAAUUGAAUGAAUCUGCGAAUCACAUGGAAGUUCACAGUUUUUCCAUGACACAUGCAAUAUUUUAUACAUGAUGGAUGGAUUGAGGUUGAAAUUGUGAAUGUGUUGCAGGCAAUGGCCUUCUUCGCCUGGACGUUAGUUAUCAGUUGGCGAUAAUGCAGAUUAAAAGAGCUUGGUACACUUUCGAAAAGGAUGUGUUGGCCAAUAGCGCGAUAAAAGCUAAUCCGUUGCUACUCAGAUCGUGGAUGGUGAACGAGAGAAUAAAGAAUGGAAUUUAUCUUUUGUGUUAAUAAAUAAAUAAAUAAAGUCUGUGCAUUGGCAGCUGAACCGCGGAGACCUUUAGGAAACAACAACGGCAAUAAUCUUGUUUACCAGGGAACAUCAUACUGGAUCAAGACACAGGGCGAUCAGAACGUGCCUCAAAAUGAGCUACAAAACCAACAACUCGAUCAGGUAUCUGCUGUACGGAGUCAACCUGCUCUUCAUGCUAACCGGUAUAGUGAUAACGUCCGUCGGUUUAACGCAAAAAAUCCGCUACAAGAAUUACUUGGAACUGAUAGAAGACCAGUACGUUUUCGUACCGAAUUAUUUGAUAGCUAUCGGCAUCUGUAUCUUCCUCAUUUCCAUCAUAGGAUGGUGCGGCGCUGUCCACGAAAACUCCUUCCUGACGCUAAUGUUUUCCACUUUUCUGUUGCUGGUGUUCUUCCUGGAAGUAAGCGCAGGAUUCGGCGGUUAUUUGCUCCGCACUACAACGCGUCCCACCUUGCUCAGAUCCUUCAAUUUACCGGAUAACAUGUACAACAUGACUUGGCAUCGAUUGCAACGAGAAUUUCGUUGCUGCGGAAUCGUCGGACCGUCCGAUUGGACUAAUGUGACAGGAGGAGGUGACUUCAUAGAGCUUCCACCGUCGUGUUGCAAGGUACCAGGCAAAAUCUGCACGCUUUACUCGAAAGACAUCCACGAGAAUGGUUGCUUCCAACCGUUCUUGGAAUUCAUCGAAGAUAACUCCAGCACCAUCGAAUACGUGGGCUUCGUCCUAUCUGCUCUACAGAUCAUCGGAAUUGUUUUCGCCUGUCACCUAUCCAGCGAGUUCCGGAAAGGUUAUCAGACGAUAUUUUAAUCAUAAAGUGAUAUAUUUAAAAAUAAACAACCAUAUUAUUAUUGUCGUGUUUCGAAACUUGGGGAAGACAUACGAGGCACCACCUGCAAAUGUUGUCAACAAAAAUAAAAUUGUAAAAAUAUUAUUAAACAGCAAGGUUCCUAUAUUACUUGCUUUAAAUACUAUAAUCAUUCUUUAUUUAUUUUGGGUUUAAUACGUUGUAGAAUUAUUUGUUAGUAUUUAUAUCAUAUUUUCCAUAGAUUCAACAGUGAACUUUUGUAUAUAAAGACAUAAAAUGUUUGAUCAUGGUCGUAUGUAUCAUAAUAUCGUAUACGAAGGUGAUCUGUUCAAAUAAAAUGCAUUUGUCGAGGUCGAUAAGUACCAGUAGAUGAAGAAAUAGGAACGUAACGAUUAAAAGAAUCUUCGCUACAGAUCAUUGACAAGUACUACUUCAGUAAGAACAUAUUUAUAAGCAUUAUUUGGAGUAUAUUUAAUU